GAACCCUGCAUCCCUCUCUCUCCCUCUCUCCCUCUCUCCCUCUCUCCAAUCAAUAAAGUUUGUAGAGGAUAAGGAUUGGACGUCAGCAUAACCAACAGUCAUACACUUUCACUUGCAGAGUUGUCGUCUAGUUCAGUUGAUAGGUGGAAUCGGGAAACAUUUCUGGCUAUGUCUGUUUUAUUAUUAGACACUAAGCAGGGUCGUUCUCUGCCGGAGCGGACGAAGAUCGCCGAUUAGAGAAACCGGCGGCUUUUGUCAUCUCCUGGAGAUGGAUGAACAUAUCGGGAACUCGAAUAAGAUUAUUAUUCACAGCUUCCAUGAUAACAAAUACGAAGUGAUACAAGCCAAGGUUGCUGAUUUGAAUAAGAAAAGGAAAUUGGAAAGCCAGCAGUUGUUCUUCCCCCUAUCAAAGCAUAAGUUUGGGUACCGAUGUUCUGGUUUUGACCAUGAACAACCAUUAGCAGAAAAAUCAGAUGAGAACAAAGUAAUCCACGAACAGACGAAUAAGGGAAAAAGAGUAGUUGAGCUUGCUGAUGAGAGUUCAGAACUGGAAUCUGCAAAAGAUAGCAAUAGCUUUGUUGGAGGAUCCGACUCUCCUAUGUCUGGGAAUGCUGAAACUGAGAGCAUGCCUGAAGCUGAGGAUUUUGCCCAAUCCAUCACAUCAUCAGGUAGUGAUAGUAGCAACAGUCUCAAGGACACCCUCCAUUCUUUACACAGAAGAAUCAUCAAGGAACCGACAAUCGGCAAGGAGGACCAAGUUCUCAUUGCGGGGAUUGGCAAACCAAAUCGCCCCAACGAUAAUGGUCAGUUGCAAUUCGGACCAGGAGCUCAGUUCUCGGCAGACCAGCUCCAACAAUUUGAAGAACAUGCAUAUCGCAUUUCUGUGCCAUAUCAAGUUGAUGGCCUUCAGAAAUGUAUGGAUGAGGAACUGGAAGACAUCAUGCUAUACUCCAAUGGACCAUCAGAAACAGAUAUGUUCGUGCUCUCAUCUGGGAGAUUGAGCAUAGACAAAGAGGCCCAACAAGGAACUAGGCGACCAACCAUUGAUCAAGAAUUUGAGAAGUACUUCUCAUCGUUAAUGCUUUAGUAGGUAUAAAAUGUAUUUGCAGCAAAGAGUACAAGAUGCAAAUAUUACUAAACUACAACUAUUUCGACCAUAAAUUCAAGUUAUACAAGGUAUAUACGACAUGGUUCACUUUUUCA